AUGGCUGAUGGGGAGGACAAUGACGAGUUCUACCUGCGUUACUACGUAGGGCACAAGGGGAAAUUCGGGCACGAGUUCUUGGAAUUCGAAUUCCGACCCGACGGCAAGCUCCGAUAUGCCAACAACUCCAACUACAAGAACGACACCAUGAUUCGCAAAGAGGUGUUUCUCACGCCCGCCGUCCUCAAGGAGUGCCGCCGCAUCGUGGCCGACUCUGAGAUAAUGAAGGAAGAUGAUAACAAUUGGCCGGAGCCGGACCGCGUGGGGAGGCAGGAGCUGGAAAUCGUUAUGGGUAAUGAGCACAUUUCUUUCACAACUUCGAAGAUUGGGUCUCUCAUGGACGUUCAGUCUAGUAAGGACCCCGAGGGUUUGAGAAUCUUUUACUAUUUGGUUCAGGAUCUGAAAUGUUUUGUCUUCUCACUCAUCUCAUUGCACUUCAAGAUCAAACCCAUAUGA